GACGGACUGAGUGUUCCAGGUAUUGAAGAGGUUUGAGGAAAGGAACCUAAGAGACCUCAAACAACAAAAGCAGACAUUACUUUUUUCCCCACACCGGCCCUGCCAGUGUUCGGCUAAGGAUGGUUUGCUCAUAGAUCACAAAGCUUGGGGAGACAGGGCAAAAGCAGAAGUGACUGAGACUGUGGAGGCAAGGAAUAAUGGAGAUGAAGCCACUGACAGAACCUCCGUGGGGUCACGAGAUGUACCUUUCCCUUACUUCAGUGUAACCUCACCAUUUAGACUUUAGCUGCAUCUCGCCCGUGGGCUUGCCUACAGGACCAUGGGUAGCGUCAGCAGUGUCCUCAAUGACAACAGCCUCGGCAGCAAACACUGCAAGGCAUCUCAGCACAGGUUAAAGGAGGGAACAAGCAGCCACAGAAAGAGUGGAGGUUGCAACCUUGACGGGUUACUGAAGUGCGGCUUCACUCAGGGCUCCUCAUCCUCCACUCAUCCCUCCAAAGGCCUCUCCCACUCAAGGUCUGGAAGAAGCGAAGAUUUUUUUUAUAUUAAGGUAAGCAAUAAACCAAGGUCAACGCACCACAGAGAGAGGUCAGCGGAGGGACAGGUAAACAGAAAUGGGAAAUCUGAUGGGCAGAUGCAACCAAAACUGCUGCUCAUGUCUGGAAAUGUGACUGAGAAGACAGCACAUGGAGGAGAGAUAUGGGAUGCAGAAGGAAGGAAAAGAGGACAGAAAGAAGCGAAGACUUCUGCUGAGAAGUCAUCGGUCCGUUCCACUGCCUUCAAGUGCGUAAAUCCCACAAGGACUUCAUCCACAGAGACAGGCCACAACAGCCUGGACCACAUCCUUUGUCCUCUGAAGAAAGCAAGCAAUCCAAAUAUUAGAGACAAGCGGGACACUUCAGGCACUCUGUCCGACUCUGGACGCAACUCCAUGUCUAGCCUUCCCACCCACAGCACCAGCGGCAGCCUAAGUGCUUCCACAGGCCCUGUCAGUCACAGCGAUGGCAGCUCCGCUCCUGCAAAUAGCCUCAGCGAGGGAGUACAACCCAAUUUCCCUCCAUGGGUCAACGGGAAUAGCGCUAACCUUGACUGUAGUUACGGUGCUGAUUUAAACAGCAGUGGGUUGGUAUCUAAGGCUAAUGAGGACGCCAGCUCCCCACUCUCUGCAGAUGAGCCAAGCGCUCUCUCUGAGACUGCAGGUGGGAUUCGGUCUCCCAUAACUACAGAUGAGUCACUGAUUGAACGCUUGGAACAAAAGCUGCUGGAGAGAGAAAGUGAACUACAGGAGCUGCAGGUGAGUUUUGAGGAGAAGGAAACAGACACCUGCCAGCUGUUUGAGGAAAGACAAAGGUACUGUGCUGAAGAGAUGGAAGGGCUGAAGCAGCGAUGCUCCACAAAGCUACGCCAAGCGUCCCAAAUGGCUGCAAAAACACAGCAAGCACUCCAGCUGCAAGUCAGCCAGCUCCAGGCAGAGAAGGAAAGGCUUCAGGAAGACUUCUCUAAGCUAACUCGGGAGAAGGAGCUUAUUGAGCUCAGACUAAAGGCUUAUGAGGCAGAGAGCACACAGCUAGCUCCGACCCUCGAGGAAACUCAGUGGGAGGUGUGCCAAAAGACAGGAGAGAUCUCACUGUUGAAGCAGCAGCUAAGAGAGUGUCAAGCGGAUGUCAGCCACAAGCUGAAUGAGAUAGUCGGCCUCAGGGCAUUGCUGAAGGAAAAAACAGCAAAAAUGGAGAUUCUGGAGAAACAGAACAAAAACCACGAGGACAGUCUUCACUCCCGCACCAUAGACAUUGAGGUGUGCCAAAAUGAACUCCAGCGCAAAAAGAAUGAGGCAGAUCUUCUGAGGGAGAAAGUGGGCAAACUGGAGAAAGACAUUCAAGGAAUGAAACAGGAUCUAGUCACUGCCAAAGAGCAAAGGCUGCAGCACAGUUUGCAAGUCAGAACCCAUUCCCCGUCUCAGACAGAAAGCCAAGGUUCAGAAUCCACAGACCAGGGGCGAGAGGGAGAGAACAAUGAGCACACCUCCACAGAAUCCCUCCAAAGAGAGGUGGACAGACUUAAGCAGCAGCUACGGGAGGAGAAGAAUGCUCAAAAGAGGCUAGCCAGCAGCUUUGAACAGGAGAGGCAGACGUGGAACAAGGAGAAAGACAGAGUUAUAAGGUAUCAGAAACAGCUCCAGAUCAACUACCUGCAGAUGCACAGGAAGAACCACGACCUGGAAAGGAUCCUGAAGGAGCUGACAGCAGAACUGGAGAGCCGGACAGAGCUAAGCAUGGAUGUCGCCUACAGCUCAGGGUUACAAACUUAUGAUGAUGUUAUUGCCACAGAGAUUUGAAAACUGACUGCUUUUUUCAGCCGUAGAAAAUUAUCUGUCUCUGUGUCUCAGGCAACGUCCCAACUGGAGUUCAUUCACUGCUAAUUAGUGUGCUUAAAGAGUUAUUUGACGGAUUAGCUUUUGGUGAUGACAGUGUUAUCACUUGUUUAAAAGUAAAUACUAAAUUAUUUAAUAUUCGGGGGGGAUUGUUUGUUUUUCUGUCUAACAGGAUCACUUAAUGUUCAGCUGACUUAUUUCCUUCAUGAUUAAUGUCUGAUGGCAAUGCACAAUAAGCAUGGUAGCUGCUUAACAUCUGUCUCUCCCAGCAUGACCAAAUGACAAAGAUAUCAUCUACUGUGAGUCUGGGCUUCUUCCUUUUAAUUUGCUUAAUUAAUCCAUCUCACUGUUACGCUCCCACAUUUUGUAUUCGUAAUGGGAUUGAGCAUGGAAUGUAGUUUAAGCAUUUUUUUAUUAGUCAUUUCAAAAACUAUACACAAUUAUAAAUCGUGGCUAUUUUCUAGAGACACCGGUGUAACAAAAGAAAUCCACAAAAUACAUAAUGAAGUCAUGUUAAGCUGCCACGCAUUGUGAGUCUUCUGCAGUAUAAUGAGAGGUCUAUAUACAAACAGACAACAGUGGCACUAAUACAUCUAGCUCUUUAAAGUUCACUUGCGCGAUUAGCAAAUUUACACUGAUAAACUUUGCUGAAAAGAAGUCACAUAGAGUCCUGUUAUCAUGUAUACAUUAGUCCACUGAACACAUAUGUAUUUUUAAAUGCAAUUGUUCAAAUUUGUUUACUACAGCCGAUUCUACAAACACAAGCAGGGAUUAAAAAUGUUCACUGUGCAUCUCUCUGAUAAAAGAAGGACUGUGUAUGUGUGUCUGUUUUUCAUUAUUUUCAGCCGCUGCUUAUCUGGUCUUCUCAUUUGCUGAGGGUAUUUUUGUGGGCCAAAGGAAGCAAUGAUGAGGGCUCCUGCUCCUUUAGUUAAAAGCUGCUUUUUGUUAGGCCUUGGGAGUUUCCUGUUAGGAAACAGGUAAGAGACCUACAACAUUACCUCAUAUGUGGCAGCCACAUGCACGGCAAAUUACUACACCUUAAAGAUCCAAUGGAUGAUCUCCAGUGGCAUCUCAGCCCGCACCCCACCCAUAUUUUUCCAGAACUUAAUGAAGUACAAUAUAGACCUCUAACAGACACCAAGUGUAAACGUUGGCAUCUAUUUUGUGCUCUGUGAGAAGGAGACAGAUUGAAGGGAGCUGGAUAAUCUACAAUAAAAGCAAAUAUUUUAGAAGUUUAAAAAGGGGCGAUUUUCCAGUAAUGUCUAUCUAAACCGUUCAUCUAACUUUGCGAAAAAGUAAGCUGGCGAUGCUCCCACUGGAGGCAAACAAUCCUUCCUAGCUACAGUCCCAGCCAUUUGGCUCUAAUAUUCUGGAGCUAUUCCACUUCCCACAAGGGCAAAGUAGUUUGUGAAGCAAAAGUUUAACUAUUCCACCAAGCUCAACACUAACAUAGACAGACAGUGAGGCAGAAUAUAUGAUUCUGCCUGCAGGUCAGGAAAGAUUUGGAGGCAGACAGACUAAGUGGAAUCUAAGCUGGGUGGCUGUAACCAGUAGGCACUCAAUACAAAGUACUUACUUACUUACUUACUCUAAGCCUAGGCACAGAAACUGGUGAAACAAGGAAAGUAACAAAAGGAUGGUGGACAUUGCAGCUAUGAUAAUGGUUUUAAGAAGAUGCUUGAAACCCCAUUUUCAAAAAUAAAUCAAUCAGCCAAAGAGCAACUUGUAUAUCAUGGACAAAAAUCUUUACUAACUCAUCCUGGGUUAGUAUGAACAUAGCUGAUUAGCAAAGCACAUCAAACAUGUUGCAAAUGGUUGCCUUUUGUGCAUCACAACUUGUAAUUUUGACAAAAUUCUUGUGCUCUAUUUUGAAAUCAAGAUUAUUCAAAAUUGACUUUUGCUUCUACAAAGAUAUUUCAGUGUUUCCAAUGCUGUGAAAUUGAAAUAAAAACAGAACGGCAAUAUUUUCAACUGAACUAAACUAAACUAAAACGUUGGGAGAAUCAGGUCUGAUCAUUGUUCUGAGUUGCCCUUUUUCAAAUGUAGCAGAUAUGAAGACACGCCCUUGGUUUAGGCAAGGGUGACAGCUGGAUAGAGCAUGCAGGAGAAAAAGCGUACUUCCUUUGACUUUAACAGACAUAUACUACCUGCCUGAUUCUCAUGUAGAAGCAUUAGGACCUUGCAGGUAAAAGACUGUUUAAUCUUCAGUCUGACUGCGUUUUCUCGUGCUUUUUUGCUGUGUAAUGUCUAGAAAAGUUCAGCACUCCAGUGCUUUUGUCUGAGCUGUUUCUAUUUGGAAACUGAGGAGGCAAACUGAUGUAGUGUUGAAAGCACAGGGUUUUUUCCAUUUAGGCUUUAGAUCAAUGAAUUUCCUUGCUCAACAGUUUGGGAGCCUGGUUUAUUGGCUUUUAUUCCAUAAUGCACCAAAUGUUUUUAGUGGCUGACUGUCUGGUUUGUAGACAGGCUAAUUUAGCCCCUGUAUUCUUUUACUAUGGAGCCAUGCUGUUGUAAUACAUGCAGAAAGGUUUAGCGCUGUCUCACAGAUGUUGUCUGGCUGGCACCAUGGAAGAGUUUAAACUCGCAUUUCUGGAUGAAGCCACAAUUGUGCUCAUUGAUGAUGGUUUCUGGAAUUGCUCUUUGUCCUUGUAGUAAUUUUCUAUUACAGAAUUGUGUCCAUAUUCAUGUCUGAAGAUCAUGGCCAGUAAAUAGAGGUUUUCUUCCUGUUCCCGCGCUUACAAGCAUUGAUCCACCAUCUCUGGAACUUUUAAUCUGAUACAUUAAUAAUGUAGAAGUCUCAUAAGGUCACAAAAACCUGUGGGUUUUCUUGGGUUUAAAGGGUUAAAUUAACUCUUUAAAUAUGAAGCAGAAGUCCCACUGCCCCAAUAUUUAUUAUGUAACACAUCUAUAGUUUAGGCUGAAAAUCCAUGCUUUAAAUAUGAUUCUGGUUUUUGACAGUAAUUUAUGAAGCCCUGCUACGUAGCAAAGGCACUGAGGAGCCACUCAAUAAGCAUGGUUGAGAUGUCUGAGGAGUACUAUGCUCGCUAGGUGCUUUCAGUGGCUAGCCCUGUAUCUGACAGCUCUUCUUUUUCUCAGCCUGACAGCAUGGAGACAGGUGGAUCAGCAUAGUGUACAAAAGCUUUUUCACACCCCCAGGCUGGUGUAGGGGUAAGGGACAGCCACUGCAAGGUCAGUAGGAGUUGCAGAGAGGCCCAAUACUGCAUUCUGGUUUGCAUCACGACAGCACAUUACAUCAGAUGUGAGCUGGAUUUUUUCUUUCUUUCUUUGUUAUACACACACUGGCUGCUUCUUUGGAAACCGGUUUAGUGAGACUAAUUUUGCCAGAAAACAGAUUAAAGAGCUUUCUCCAUCUCCCAAAGAAGCAGCACCAAUUCCCAUUAUGCCUGUUUUUAAUCAUUACUACAACUAUCUUUUAAUAUGUUUCUCAACUGAAUUGCAUGAGGGUGGAUUUGAUGAGCAAUUGCUAGAAUUAAACUCAUAAAUAAAUAUGAGUGUCAGUUCUUCACUAUCAUUCUCCAUUCCUGUUGGACUUAAAUAAUAGGAAGAUUGUUUCCCUCUCCCAUCUAAUCAGCUAAUUUCGGCCUUUUGAUACCACUUCCUUCCUUUCACAACAGCUCGUUGUGUCUCAGCUUCUGUCAUAAAUGAGCUGAUGAGACCAAAUCAGAACUGAAAUCAAAUUAAGGCCCAUUGUCAGUGGCUUCGUCACCAACGUGAAUGGAGGACCACACUGAAGAGAUAACAAGAAACUCAGAGUCGCUGGUGAAAGAAAAUAACAGAGCUGGGGUGGGUGGCGGAUUUCUUCCUCAAAAUAACCACAUACAAAACAUCAACUAUAUUUACACAAUUGCAAUAAAAAAAUGCAAUGUUUUUCCUGUGAUUUUGAAACGUAGCCAUUUUAAUGUGUUUUAACUGAUAAUUAACUGAAAAAUAUAUUGCAUGCAUACAUAUUUAUUGUGGGCUUUUAAUAAUUUUACAAAUAUCGACCUCUGUCAGCUGUAUCAUCUACUGAACAGGGGUUUUCAGGGAGGAUCCGAUCUCUUUUUAUAGACUCAGCUGAACAUACAGAGUUCUGGUCUAGCAGAUGUCUGAGUAUGACUGAACAGCAGUUAGACAGCCAUCAGUAGACUGGGUGAUAAUUUAGCCCUACCCUGCAGUGACAUGAUAAUAAUGCACUCAUAUCCUGCUGUGUUUCUUCUGAUCGGCUGAUAGUCAAGCACAAAAGGGCCUGAAUUCAUUAAUAACACAGAGGAGCUUUUUCAGACCUGUUCAACAUGCAAAGCGAGGCUCUUUGGUUACAUUUUUAAAGCAAACAUGUGAAUUAAAAUUCACACCUGAACUACCGAGGAGGGAAAAAUGUACUCCUAUGACUCUGAAGCACUGCAUUUCACGGUCCAAACCUGACUUUCAAAAAUAUAAUAAAUAUUCCAUACUGGUAAAUAAUAGAAGAGUCAAUAACACCGUAUCAGUUUCUGCCUUGGCCUCAUUACUCAUUACACACUCACAUACUCAAAUGUGCUCCAUCCGAACUAUACCCCUAAGCAAUUAGUUGCUCUAAACUAUCAGGAGGCCAGUUAUUCAGGCAACUAUUUCAUAUUUUUAUUGGUUUAUUCAGGGCCCUGCAUGCAGACCAAGCUAUAACAAACACAGGCUCUGCAAAUCCCCAAGCCUCGUGCAGUCAGAAAAGUAAUUGGGGAGGGAGUCCCAAAGGGUCCUCACAUACUGCUGAAGCCUUUGCUACCGACAUGUUGAAAUGGCAGCUGAGGUAGAUAGGUUUAUGAGUGUUUAUGAGGAAGCGUUACUGUGUGUGUGUAAAGGAUAUAUACAGUAAGUAGAAGAGGUGGCUUGAAUAUUUUGUGUGAACAGGCCUGGAGUCUUUAGACACUCACUCGUUGGCUGGGAAACCAUCUGGUCCCCCAACCCCCCAGCAAGGUUGCCCAUGGUUAUAAAUGUCUGUGGCAAUGUCAAAUUCUGUUCGUGAGGAUGGGGGUGGGUGGUGGGCGGGCUGUAUGGAUUCCAAUUUAAGCCCCUGCUGCUCAAAAUUACUUAAUUAAUUCUAUCUCUCACACAGAGAGAGAAACUUCCUUUGUAAGUAAUUCUACCAUUCAUCACCAUCCGGCUCUUUUAUUCCAAGGCUUUGCCUAUUAUCAGCUUGUGAAAUAGGCAGGAACAGUCAAAUGUAGGAUUUAAAAUAAGGCCCAUUAGUGAAUCCAUAACAUUAAAUAGGCAAAAACUGUGAAAAUGAAUUGACACAAAUGUCCUAAUCAUAAGGUAGGCUUAAAAAUGCAUUCAAAUGUUUUCUCUAUCAAACAUAUCACAGGAAGAUUCAUAGUUCCCCAGCUAUGUCAAAUAAUGCGUGUGUGUAUGGUUUUGUUUUUAUUAUUGUUUAAUUAAAAAUGAAAUACCACAA